AUGAGCUUCUCGCACGGAGCAGUCUACAAUCCCAGCGGUUGCCGUUGCACGCCGAAGCAGCCGGGAGCAGGAUGCCCCAAAGUGCUUGUGGCGCCGCCUCAUUACAUUCAGGGUCCAGGCAUCAUGUCAUCCGUGGGUAGGUACACCAGCAAGUUGUGUGGUGGAUGUGACAGAGUGGGCUUGCUGAACAUUCCUUUUGGAGAGACCGCCUGGUCGCCGCAAAUAUGCAAGGACUUUGAGGACCACGGGAUCAGCGUCGAUUCACAGGUCUUUGGCGGGAUUCCUUCCUAUGAAGAGGUGCAGCGACUGGUUGACAAGUGGAAGCAAGCAGGGGUCAAAGCGGUCGUAGCAGUGGGAGGCGGCACAUGUGGAGAUGCAGCCAAGCUCGCAGCCCAUAGGCUGAAUGUUCCUGUCGUGAAUGUGUCCACAUUGGCUGCCACCGAUGCCCCAUGCAGUGCUUUGUCCAUCAUGUACUCAGAAGGGGGAGCCUACCUGGGAGGGGAGACAUAUCCGCAGUCGCCGAAUGUUGUAGUGGUGGACACGGAGAUCAUCGCUGGGGCUGGCAAGCGCUCACUGGUCAGUGGUUUCGGUGACGCCAUGAGCACUUUCUACGAGGCCAGGACGUGCUGCGAGAACCCCAAUGCUUUGAGCAUGUUGGAGGCACGACCCACUCAGACAGCUCUUGCGAUCGGCUCACUUUGCGCCAAGAUUCUCUACGAGAAUGCCCUCGAGGCAGUGAAGGCAGUGGAGGCCAAAGUUCCCGAUGAGUCGUUGGAGAAAGUGGUUGAGGCAAACACUUUGCUGAGUGGCAUCGGCUUCGAAUCAGGUGGACUUGCUGCUUCACACGCCAUUGCCCAGGGCAUGUCUUGGGUCAAGUCUGUGCAUGACAACAUGAUGCAUGGCGAGAUGGUGGCGAUCGGCUUGCUCACGAUGCUGACAAUGGAAGAGCGACAAGGCCUGCCAGGCCGCAAGGAGGAAUACCGACAGGUGGCGGAGUUUUUCUCAAAGGUCGGCCUGCCAGUCUGCCUCAAGCAUGUAUGCCUGGACCCGAAGGACUCCGAGGGCAUGGAGCUCUUCUUGAAGAGCGUCCUGGACCAGUGGUUCUGCCACAACGAGCCCUUUCUCGUUACCAAGGACUUAGUCCUCCAGAGCCUCUUGGAGGCAGACCAAAAAGGCCAGGCCAUUGUGCAGGAGCUUGGCGACGAGGCCUACCGGGCAAUCCAUCCCAACGCAAGGUCCAAAUUUUAA